AUAAAUUCUAAAGCACAAGUCACUGAGACAUCAGAAGUCAGUGAGCGUAAAAAUGCAAAGAACUUUGAUAGUGCUGCUCAUUUUCAGUGCCGCUGUCUACUAUCUGGAUGUGGUGAACUGUGAUGAGGACAAAGGUGCAGCCACGACAACUCCCAAAACUGCUGAAUCCAAAAACCAUGCAAAACCUGAAUCCCCUUCACAUGGUAAGGGGAAACCUAGAAGAGACUGGAGGAAAGUGUAUGGCUUGAAGAAAGCAGAAAAAGAAUAAACUGGACGCUGACAAUUCGAUCGUCAUUCGACUUUUAACUUUGAAAUUCGCAUUUGGCGACAAAUAAAAAACUAUAUUGCUG